AACUUGCAUCUUUAUAUUUUAGACAAUGGAAGACGACGAACUUCAGGCUAUCAGAGCAAGACGCAUGGCUGAAUUGCAAGCUGGUGGAUCAUCGGCUCCACAGAGCGGAUUUGGUGGAGGCGCUUCUAUUCCUAGUGCUGCUGGUGGUGGUGCUUCAAAGGAAGAUGAAGCCAAGAAGGGUCAAAUGGAAGAGAUGCGUCGCACCAUGCUUUUCCAAAUUCUGGAUAAUAGUGCUCGUGAACGCCUGGCACGCAUUCAGAUGGUGAAGGCUGACAAAGCUCGUGCUGUCGAAGAUCUUUUGAUCCGCAUGGCUCAGUCUAACCAGCUUAGAAAUAAAGUUACCGAACAGCAAUUGAUUGACCUUCUUGGCCAAAUCAACCAGCAAGAACCCAGUCCUUCCAAGACUCGCAUUGUGUACAACCGCCGACGAUUCGAUGAUGAUUCGGAUGAAGAAUAUGACCUGUAAUGUUUGAAAAUAAUAAUAAUAAUAAUAAAGAAUGACAAAGAGAAUUAUAGGUCUGUUUAAGUU